AAGGUGACGCUGGCGCUUCCCGCCCUCACGGGCACCAAGGUGGCCAUCAAGGGCGUCCGGAAGUCCGACCUGCCCAACCUCCGGCUCCUGGCCCGCGAGAUGGGGUGCAUGGAGGCCCUUCACCACCCGAACAUCGUGGAGCUAUUCCAGGUGGUGGACACCCGGGAGGAGCUGCAGCUCAUGAUGGAGUACGUGGAGGGGGAAGACCUGCAGGACUCCCUGAGCGAGCGUGGGCGCCUGGUGGAGGGCGAGGCCCGCCAGCUGUUUCAGCAGAUCCUAUCUUCAGCAGAUCCACACCAAAGGCAUCGCCCACCGGGAUGUGAAGCCCAGAACAUGCUGCUGACCCGAGAGGGAACAGUAAAGCUGGUGGACUUCAGGCUCAGCGUCCAGGGCUUCCGCAAGGCUUUGAGCUCAUGCUGCUGUCGCCCAGAGUACCUGAAGUCUACCUUCGCCAGAGACCCCUGGAGACGCAGCACCCUGGAGAGCAUCAAGCAGCACCCCUGGGUGGAAGGAGGACCCUGCCCUUCAGCGAGCUGUCCCUCGGCCACCAGGACCCGGCCAUAAUCAAAGCGAUGGAGCGCCUGGGCCACCAGAGGCAAGACAUUCGAGAGGCCAUUGAGGCGAAAAAGUACAAAGAGGUCAUGGGCACCUACCUGAUCCUCUGCUCCAGGAGGCAGGAGGGGGAGGAGGACCCCGAGGAGGAGGAGGAGGUGUGGCUGAGGCAUGUCACCUUUUGUGAGUCCUUCCCUCACACUGUGCCCUAUGGUGACCCCGAUUCCAAGGACUGCCCCCCGCAGCCUGAGGUUUUGGGGAAUACCCAGAGGCCAGGUAUCCUGCGAAAAGAGGCAGUCCAAAAGAAGGGAGAGGAUGCCACCCGGGGGAACAAGGUCAUCUCUGCCAGAGUCCCUGAGCUGGAGGACGCCCAGGAGCACACCACCACCUCCGGGCAGGGCCCCCUCCAGGAGGACGCCCCAGAGAAGAGCAGACCCUAGGUGCUAGGCCUGGUGCUGGAGGAUGCCUGGGAGGACGGCAGCACAUCCGUUCAGGGCCCCAGCUGGAGGACACCAGGGAGCACAGCAGCACCACUGU